UGCACUCGGCGGAGGAAUGGGGCCGGGCUGGGCCCUGCUCUUCCACGCCGCGAGCGGCCGGACAGAAGACUAUUCACUGCCUUAUACACUACAGUCUGCACAAUGCAAAGAUCCCCACACUGAAUUCUAUGAAGAGCUGCUUAAUAAAUGUUGUAGCCAGUGCCCUCCAGGUCAAUAUAAGACAGAGAGCUGCAGUCACACUGUGGACAUGAAGUGCAGUCCCUGUAGACCUAACACGUAUACAGCAAUCUGGAAUCUGUCUCCUCAGUGCUUUGCCUGCUCACCACCCUGCAGGAAAGGACUUGUGCAGAAUCAAGCAUGCACUACAUCACAGGACAGAGUCUAUAGCUGCCCACCCAAUGAGUAUAGCAUUUUGAAAAUAUAAGAGUACUGCAGAAUAUGUAAAGCACAUAAAAAAUGUGGAAAAGGUUACUGAGUUUCCAGGAGAGGGACAAACAGCACAGAUACAGAAUGUAAACCUUGUCCUCCUGGCACUUUUUCACAUGAGGAAUCUUAUGAUACCAGCUGUGCACCACACACAGUUUGCAGAUCAGUGGCUGUUCCUGGUAACAGCAUAAAUGACACUACAUGCAGGGACUCGGGAACAGCAGUUGUCACAGUUCUACCCAACACUGUUUUGAACCUGCUUCUGACCCAGAGCUCAGCUUCUAACAGACCUGAAAUAACAACUCGACCUGUCACUUUAAACUCUGCAUCUGACAACUCUCACAUCAUUGGAUCAGUAGCAGGGCCAUUGUUAUUGGUCCUAAUAAUCAGUAUUCUGGGGUAUUGCUUAGUCUCCAAAAAAAAAGUCCCUGUAUACUCUCCCCCAGCCACAGAAGCAGAUUUGCCUUUUUGCCCCACAGAAAAGCAGUGUGACAAAAAAGUGAGAAAUACUGGAUCGCAAAACUCCAGCAGUUCCAAACAUGAGGAACAGCAUCUCCUGCAAACUUCUGGGUCCAGCAGCAGCUCCCUGAAUAAUCCAACUGAAUCUGCAAGAGUCCAUGUAAUAAGUAACAAGAACAAUGAAAAGAAAACAACCGAAGGAUUUCAGCAGCAACAUUCAGCUGCAGAAGGAUGUAAAUGUCACAGCAUAGACAGACACAACUCUGUGAGGUCAGGGCAUUCUGGUAAUGGAAGAAUGCAGGUGAAUGUGACUUGUAUUGUUAAAGUAUGCAGUCCAGACUGCAGUUCCCAGUUCCCAGAACAGACUACUUCAACUAGCAUGGAUUAUGAAAACGCUCCCUAUUAUUCCCCAACAGGGGAAGAAAUUCCCCUUUCAAGAGAAGAACACCUCUUGAAAAAAGGAACUGAAAUUCAGACCUCAGUGGAAAAUAAGGAUAAUUUACUUCAUGGCUCACUGUCAGAAGAAGUUCCUGUGGGUGUUGAAGAUGUGGGGAUGAAAACCAGUUAAAGGAAAUUACAGAUCAUAUACUGACUGACUGAUAACAUUCACCAAAUAGCCCCUUAUCUUCCAAAAUAAUCAUUAUGUUAAAUGUAGCAUUCCUACAGAGACCUGACAUUUCAGAUGAAUAUAGACACUGAAGUUUGGAGGGGUUUUGUCUCUUUUGUCAGCUUUGCGAGUCAAAGGAUGUUUUUUGCAGUUUAAAGAACUUGAAUGCCUUUUUUUAAAAUUGAAUGGCCAACUCCUCCCAUUCUUCUGUGACACCCUAGGCAGACCUUUACCAGAUUUGAAAAUGGGUAAUUUUUCCUAGCUUUAUGCUGUUUAUUUUUCUCCUGAGACUCCUUGUGAUGAUAACCUGGGUUCAGGUAUGCCACCUGGCAAGAACAUGGCUGUGACCAGCAUUUCCAAGAAACUGGAGUUAAACUUUCAUGCAAUGCUAAUGAAUUAUCCAUUGAUUUUAAUUUUAAAAGCACUGCACUCAGUUUCCUAUCCCAUAUCUUUGUGGACAUCCUUGCCCUCAUCAUCCUGGAUAUUUCUUUCAUUAUUACAGUUUGCUUUUGCUCAUUAUUGGACCAAACUUCAAAACAACCUUAAGUAUAAAACAACCUUUUUUUACUAGAUUACAACUAUUAUGUCUGAACAACGCCAUUUCAUUAGCUGUACAGUUCAUUUUAUUUUAGAAAAGAAAAUCUAGAUUAAAUAGUUGUA